UACAUCCACACCGGAGAGGAACCUACAUUUUGUUUUCUUCUAUACAAAGUCUGGAACAAGACCUCACACUACCUUUAGGACCUUCUUUUCAACUAAAUACAAGUUUGGGGCUCGGGAAGAUCACUACUUCGUUUAGUUCCAGAUCUUUAUUCUACUCAUGUGAGAUACUUUACCUGUUUUUUAUUUUACCUUUGUUUCUAUUCUUCACUUAUUUUCUGCAUUCCUUUCAUCCCCGGUAACGGCGGAUGCCCCCCCCCUUUCUCCUCACGUGAGUGUGGGACGGUUCCCCCGGUCGGAUUAUCAAGGAACUGUUGAGAAUUACAGCGGUCUGUAAACAGCAACAGAGACUGACGGCAACAGAGACUGACGCCGACAGAGUUGCGUUUUAAGACUCGUUACUCCUCGGCAUUGAACGGUCGCCAUGAACUUUUUUGCCGUUAUCAUCUUUCUCAUCGUUCCUUACGGUUUACUUUCUCGAGAUCAUGAGAUUAAUUCAAUAUGUCAUGCUGCUCUUUGUGUUUUGUUUAUUCUCUUUGAUAAACUAUAGGCUCUACUAUUCUCAUUUUCUCAUACCCAAAUUGUCCCUUGUGUGGUACCAUUGAUUUAACCUUUUAUCAUCCUAAGUGGAAGAGGACACGCUCUCCCCACGAUGACCAAUGAGACCCCAGCUGACCCCUACAUCUUCACCACUGACCUCCUGCCCCUUGACCCUCGCUUCCUUCCUCCGCUGGCCAAUGGGCUGCUGGGUUGGAGGGUGUACGGUGACAUCAUGCACAUGGGCGGAGUCUAUAACGGCGAGGGCGGGGACUGUCACCGUGCCAAUCUCCCCUGUCCUCUGGCUGUGAGGAUGGAUCUAGAUGAGGUGGAGAAGGCAGGGCGUCUGCAACACUCCUACAGUCUAGAUACACACACAGGUAUAUUCACCCACUCUCUGAGGACAGUUCGUGUCAUUGCCUCCCAGUCUCUCUACACCCAUCGACACCAUCCCAACCUCAUGGUCAUGGAGGUCCUGCUGGUUCGUCAGGGCACCUCCCAGGAGCCAAUCACAAUCAAGAUGGACAGUGGGUUCACGCCUCAAAGCGAUGACAUAGUGUUCCAUUCUGAACCGGACUACAAAGGAGCCAGUUACAUCCAGGGCCACACCACCAUGGCUGAAGUCCCUGGUGGCAUCUGUCCCAGCGUCCACAUCAUCUGGACUCCCAUCACCCCCUCCCUUACCCUGCUGCCCGACCAGGCUCAGUCCCGCUGGGGGUUCGUGGUGGCAGUAGCGGGCAGUCAGGACAGCGUACAGGCUCACUACGACACAGCUCUGGAGCUGAUGGCCAAUGGGAACCUUCGUCCCUCGCACCUCCGGGCGUGGGAGGAGCUGUGGGCGGGCAGCACCCUGGAGUUGACUGGUCCAGACAACCUGAGCAGGGCUCUGAUUGGCUGCAUGUUCUACCUGCUCAGUGUCUUCCCUUCGUUGCACGAGGCCCCCGGUCAUUUCGGCGGGGUCAGUCCUGGGGGGCUGUCUAACGGGGGCUCAGGGCAAGACUACUGGGGACAUGUGUUCUGGGACCAGGACACUUGGAUGUACCCCAGUAUUGGUCUAUUCUACCCUCAGUUAGCCCGGGCCGUGCUUGACUACCGGGUGAGGACAGUGGAUGGCGCUAAGGACAAUGCUGAGAAGCAAGGCUACAAGGGACUAAAGUUCCCGUGGGAAAGUGCUGUGUCGGGGAGAGAGGUGUGUCCUGAAGAUAUAUACGGACAACAAGAGAUCCACAUCAACGGGGACGUUACUCUGGCCUUCCAACACUACCUCUACCUCACAGAGGACAUGUCCAUGUUCACAGAGGGGCGUGGCAGCGAAGUGAUUUGGGGCGUGGCUGAUUACUGGGUUUCCAGGGUAACCUGGAGCGCUGAAGAACAAAACUACCACAUCUUAGGUGUCAUGCCUCCAGAUGAGUAUUACUACAACGUCAACAACUCGGUGUACACAAACACCGUGGCCAAGUUCAGUCUUGAGUUUGCUGUGGAGUUGGCUGCCUUGCUGAAGUACCCUGCCCCUCAGGAGUGGCAGCAGGUAGCGGACAAGAUUAAAAUCCCUUUCGACCAGAAGCAGAAAUACCAUCCUGAAUAUGACGGCUACAAAAAAGGACAAUUUGUGAAGCAGGCUGACACAGUGAUGCUAGGCUAUCCCCUGGGUCUACCUAUGACCCCUGAGGUCAGGAGAAAUGACCUGGAGUUCUACGAGGCUGUUACAGACCCUGGUGGACCAGCUAUGACAUGGGGUAUGUUUGCCGUGGGCUGGCUGGAGCUGGGGGAGGUGGAGAAGGCUCGGCAUCUACUCCAGAAGUGUUUCAAAAAUAUCCAGGGACCAUUCCAGGUAUGGAGUGAAUCGUCUGAUGGUUCUGGGGCGGUGAACUUUCUCACUGGUAUGGGAGGAUUCCUGCAGGCUGUUCUGUUUGGUUACACUGGAUUCAGAGUACAGAAAGAUUGUCUGGCCUUCGCCCCUUCCAUCCCUGAGGACAUCACUCAGCUGUGUAUCCGGGGGGUCAGUUACCUGGGCAACAAGAUGGACUGGCUGGUGAGGGGACAGGAAGUUUACAUCAUACUGAGAGAGGGAGCAAAGCAUGCUGGGAAUACCAAACCCUGCGCUCUGCAGGUGGUCCUCAAGAACUCCGGGACCAAGAUCCCCCUUAUACCAGGAAAACCAGUGACUUUCCCACGGGAGUCUGGAAUGAUCUGUAAAGUGGAUCGUGCCAUGUCCUGCUGGCCCAUGUGAGGACCAUCCCUGUCAAACCCCAUCGCUUUCUAUCUACAGUACCUUCUAUCUACAGUACCUUCUAUCUACAGUACCUUCUAUCUACAGUACAGUACCUUCUAUCUACAGUACCUUCUAUCUACAGUACCUUCUAUCUACAGUACCUUCUAUCUACAGUACCUUCUAUCUACAGUACAGUACCUUCUAUCUACAGUACCUUCUAUCUACAGUACAGUACCUUCUAUCUACAGUACCUUCUAUCUACAGUACCUUCUAUCUACAGUACCUUCUAUCUACAGUACAGUACCUUCUAUCUACAGUACCUUCUAUCUACAGUACUUUCUAUCUACAGUACAGUACCUUCUAUCUACAGUGCCUUCUAUCUACAGUACAGUACCUUCUAUCUACAGUGCCUUCUAUCUACAGUACCUUCUAUCUACAGUACCUUCUAUCUACAGUACCUUCUAUCUACAGUACCUUCUAUCUACAGUGCAGUACCUUCUAUCUACAGUACAGUACCUUCUAUCUACAGUACCUUCUAUCUACAGUACCUUCUAUCUACAGUACCUU